AAAAAAAUCGAGUUUUUUGUGUCCACCCAGACGGCCCCCAGUAUUUCCUUUCGGGAGGAGAGAGACGUGGCACCUGUUGGUCGCAAAAGCGAAAUUUUCUUUCCAAUGGUGUAAUUUCGAAAUGUAUAAUGUCAGAGAGAGAGAGGAUUCUCCACUGACGAAUGAUGGGUGCCUUCAGAAUGGUUCCAUUUAUGGGCGCUCUAGCCGAUUCAUCGUUGCCUUCUACAUUGCUUCAGGUGGCUGUUAUCCACCACAGGACUGCCGCCUCCCUAUCGCCACCGCCCCUGCUGUCUACGAGGCGGGUUUUCCUCACUUCUCUUCCCAUGAGCACCGUUCUUCUUACGUUUGCAGCUCCGCCGCUACUCCUCGCCGCUCCUCCGCUCCCGACUUACGACCCCGUCACCUCGUCCGAGAGGGACGCCAGCUCUGUGCUCCAAAGAAGGGUCGCCGAAGCCGUUGAAUUGCUUGAUAAAGGAAGGGAGUUUCAAGCUAAGGGCGAGUUUAGUAACGCCUUAGAAUGUUUUUCUCAGGUGGCUACUAAUUACAAAGAUUUUGCUUUCUCGGACUAUGCAAGAGUUGGAAGAGCUCUAGCUUUGUAUGAGCUUGGUGACAGAGAUGAAGCCAUCAUUGAGAUGGAAGAUGUUUCUAUCUCUCUGAAGGGAUAUCCAGAAGUACAUGCAGCUCUUGCAGCAGCUUUAUAUGCAGACAAACACGCUCCUUUGCUAGCUGAGAACCAGUUCACAAUUGCUACGCUAAUGGAUGCUCGCUAUACAGAUCUGUCAUAUGUAAGAGACACCAAGCAUUGGCCUCCUAGUUUAGUUGCUUCUUUGCAACGCUUCAUUACGUUGUCCUAAAUACUGUUUAUACAUGAAACUGUAUUUUGUACAACAGCCAAUUGUAAUGUAAUCUCUCUCUCUCUCUCUC